GAGAGAAACUGCACUGAUGAUCGACGCCAGCCUGCCACCACUCUGUAGCAGUGAGUGGCUGCAACAAAAGCACAGAAUAACAUCUCAGCUCCUCUCCUCUGCUUUUCCCCUCACUGCAUCUCCCCUUCCUCGGUGCCGAGACUCCACAACACACAGCAGAGCCCCACGGAACUGGCGUCGCAAGUGCAGCCUCUGCCAUCAACAAGUUAGGGAUGAAGGACCUCGAGCCGUGAAAGAGGAAUGCGUGAUCUUCAAUUAACCAAUUGAGCUGACAUCAUUGCGGUGGAAAAGGAAAGAGGCAGCUAAGGGACGGAGGGGAUCUGCUCAGCGGUGCUGCUUUGGAUGCAAAUCAUCAACUUCAAAUUUAAGGAUUCUUGGAAGGCAAAUAAUGCUGGUCUUUUCUUAAUCUGGGAUUUGAAUAGCAGGACUGAAAAAAAGGACAGACCGGAAAAAGAGAGAAAAAACUGCAUCCCAGGACAUGGAAUUCCUGAAUUCGGUUCAACUGGGGGGGCUCAGCACUUCUUUAUUUCUGAAGAGCUUGAUUCCUUUUGUAUUUACCCAAAAGGCUUUUUUCCCUUUGGAUUUCUCUUCCAUCUGGCUGCUCCAAAAGUCUGCGGAAAAAGACAGUUGAAUGCAGCCUCCGAUGUACACAAAAGAAUGGGUUUCCAUUCAAGGUGGCCAUUGGUGGGACAAGCACCAGCGGCACUUUGUGUGAUCAGCAUGCUACUGUGCCUCCCUCCUGUGUCAUGCACAACCUGCCCCCAGAAAUGCCGAUGUGAAGACCUGCAGUUUUACUGCGACACGCAGGGGCUCCUGGCGCCCCCAGACGGUGUGGAUAAAGGGGCCCUUGGACUUUCGCUCAGACACAACAGCAUCAGCGAGCUCAGCUCAGACCAGUUCUUUGGCUUCACCCAGCUCACUUGGCUCCACCUCGACCACAACCAAAUAACCACCGUGCAUGAGGAUGCCUUCCAGGGGCUGUACAAGCUCAAGGACCUUAACCUGAGCUCAAACCGCAUCACCAAGCUGCCAAACACAACCUUCAUCCACCUCAUCAACCUGCAGAUCUUGGAUCUCUCCUUCAACCAGAUGACAGCUCUGGAGCCCGAGCUCUUUCACGGGCUCCGGAAACUCCAGAUCCUGCACCUGCGGUCAAACUCGCUGCGCACGACGCCCGUGCGGGCCUUCUGGGACUGCCGGAGCCUGGAAUACCUUGGCCUGAGCAACAACCGGCUCCGGAGCCUGGCCCGGAACGGCUUCGCCGGGUUAAUUAAGCUGCGGGAGCUCCAUUUGGAACACAAUCACUUGACCAAGAUUAACUUGGCGCACUUCCCUCGUCUGGUCGCCCUCCAGUUCCUUUAUCUCCAGUGGAACAAGAUCAACAAUUUAACAUGCACCAUGGAAUGGAAAUGGACAACUCUGGAGAAACUGGAUCUCACCGGAAACGAGAUACGCGUACUCACCCCCGACGUGUUCGAGACUUUGCCCAACCUCAAGAUCCUGCUGCUGGAUAACAACAAACUGACCAGCCUCGACACCCAAACUAUGGAUAUGUGGAAGUCCCUAAACGCGAUCGGGCUGUCGAGCAACCUGUGGGAAUGUACCAAACGGAUCUGCAAUUUGGCCACUUGGCUGAGCACCUUUAAGGGUCGAUGGGAGCACUCGAUCCUCUGCUACAGUCCUGAGUACGCGCAGGGCGAGGAAAUACUGGACGCCGUUUACGGAUUCCAACUUUGCCAAAAUUUCUCGGCCCCCGUCGUGCUAACCAGUACCAGCACAGAGGCCAUGCUCCCUGAGAUCACAAGCUCCCUGUUUGGAAAUAUGCAGACCCCUACGCAGGACUUCUAUGCAGAGGAUUUUGGGAGCUUUACGAUUGUCACUACCACCACCACCACCACCCCCCAACCCCCACGCACUGCCCUCGCUACUACCAUGACGGUGGAGGGGGCAGACAUUACGGAGGACUACUCGGCGAUGGACAACACAGUGCUGACCCAGAGGGUCAUCAUUGGCACCAUGGCUCUGUUGUUUUCCUUCUUUCUCAUCAUUUUUGUAGUGUACAUAUCGCGAAAGUGCUGCCCUCCCACUCUGAGGCGGAUCCGCCAUUGCUCGGCCAUUCAGAACCGGCGACAGAUGAGGACCCAGCAGAGGCAGCCAAUGGCGGACCUGGCCACACAGGUGCCCUAUAACGAGUACGAUCCCAGUCACGAGGAGGGCGCACUUGUGAUCAUCAAUGGCUACGGGCAGUGCAAAUGUCAGCAACUGCCUUACAAAGAGUGUGAAGUAUAAACUCUAUUUAUUCCUGCAGUUUCUGGGUUUAACCAUUUGUCCAUUUCAAAAGAUACAGGGUUUGCUUUUGGACUUUUUUUCCCCUUUUCAGUUUGUACGAAGAAGAAUAUUUCUUUGAAAUUGUUAGCUUUGGAAAUCUACGAAAGCUUGAGAUGACUGGGAUGAAUUUAAAAAGAGGAAAUAUAGAGAAAUCCACAAGUUUAUUUUUGUAAUACAAAUGCAAAGGUUCAUAUCUAGCUGGGGCAAUCAAUCUCAGCAGAGGAAGGUUGGAUGUGUCACUGCAUCACCAGUUUGUGUACUAUGUAUUCUGCAGCACAGAGGAGAUGAGAAAUCUAUAGCCAAACAGCCUGGAACCCUGUGCUCCAGAAAAUCGUUUAUAAAAAUGACAUAUCUUCUGAUAAAUGGUGAAAUUUUAUUUCAUGGAAAAAUAGUGUUACAUAUGCUGAGCAGUGCAAAUUUAAAAAGGAUUAAAAAAAAUAUUUAAAAAAAAAAUAAACUUUUGGUGCACGUUAGCAACACUAUAGAUCUCACUCACAUAUUCACUUUUGGGGAGAGGAAACAAAAACAAAAAAACAAAAAAACAAAAAACAAAUAUCAGAUGGACACAAAGCAUAUUUUUUAAACUCACAUUUUCUAAAUUCAAACUGUUACUGUUACAAAUUGAGCCACAUAAUGAAAUUUAGAUUCGAGAGCAGGGAAUUCAACCCACUCGCAUUGUGGCAGAAAUGAUCGUUUCACUUUGAUCGAGUCUUAAAUUUGAACUAAUGAGAACACUUAACCGCCUUCCCGUUUCUGCAUUUAGUUAAAUUCAAUAAACUCUGUCCGCUUCCUUGAAAUCCUAAAGCCUAGCACUUUGUGUGAAAAGGUUAAUGUCCAAUAACAAAAUGUCCGAACAACCUCCCUCUUUUACGACUUCAGCAGGGAUUUACUAAAUGUUAAACAGAGGCAAUUGCUCAAUUACCAUUGUGCAUAUAUUCUUACAUAAGAUGGCUCCAAACACUGACAUCCUCACUGUGAAAGAACAAUGCUGCUUAGAUCACUGCAUCAUUAAUUAAUGGUAGAGACCAUCAAAGGACGCUAGACGAUGAAGCAAACACCAGCGAGAACUACUUCCUAGGGAGAGGGGAAGAGCUACAAAAAGAAGGCAUGCAGAGGACACUGACAAUUGGCUCCUAAAAAUACAUGCGUACGCUUGCCGUCGCACUGUUCAAAUGCAGCAAAGAGCGUAAUCACACCUGACAGCUUCAACAUUGAGUCAAUUAAGCCCAGGGAAAAUGAAUCUAAUAUUCUGUCACCCAAAACCUCUGCCCUGCAAGUUUCAGCGUCUUCAGCCAGUACAAAGCAGAACUUAAAGAAAAAAAAAAAAAAGAGGAGAAUUAUUACUUCAUAACCUUGCUCUAUCCAGCUCAUAAAGACAAAAAAAGGCCAUUUUUCGUUCAUACCAAGGAUGCUAAAGAAACAGAGAGAAGAGCUGAAGUAAAGCGCAGCGCGGCUCUCGGGAGAGCAUGCAGAAGACGGCAGGAGGCUGGGUCAGGAGACAUUUGUAUGCAGCACUGAGAGGACAGACAUUAGCAUCAAACUAAAGAAGCCGCUGCUGCAGUAGCUCUUUGUGUUGCAAUCAGGAGUUGGGGGCUGGGAUGCACAAGGGGGUAUAGGGAACACAAACACUGGUUAGCAUCUAAUUGAAGUCAAUGAGCAUCUUAGGAGUCACAGAGUGAGGCUAAAUCAGGGUACAGGAACCAUUAGAGGAAAAAAAAGAAUUGCAUGACAAAACGGCAACUGACAACACCCUGGGCAAGAGCUAGAAAGCUCUGAACGCCACCCUAGUUGUGCAGCAAUAAAGCUUAUUGCCUCAUUGCUGAAAAAAAUUAGUCAUCAGCUACACAGCUUACGAAAAAACAACUAAAAAUAACAGAAACAUCACAUCCAGGCAGAGGUUUUUGGCGAAGAGCUAAAAAUGAGAAACUGGCAUCUAUAUAAAAGCCCAUCGGUAGUAGGAAAAAAAAGAAACUUGAGUAAUUAUCCAACACUGAAAUUAAGCAUGCCUGAAGUGACUGAUUAGAGUUGUCCUCUAGAGGGUGCUGUAAAAUACCAUGAGUGAGGAACGGCUGCUUAUAUUUUUUCUCCAACCCUGCAAAACAUAAUUUUAUGUUGGUAAGACAAACAGAAAGGGAAUGGAGGUCUGUGUAGCUGAUAUUUUCUGUGCAGCCAGAGGUGCACCGGAAAAUAGCAUUCCGUAAUGCAUUUUACAAAUGCUGUUGGACUGAACGAGGAAAUCUACAGCUAACAUUUACUGAGCCAACAACCUCCAAUGGUGUUGCUUUUUGGAUUUAGUGAAGCUGACCAUUGCUUUUUCUGCAUUCCUCAAAAACACCUUGCAUGUUUAAAGAAAACAUGAACAUCAGCACCAUCCCAAAAAAAAAAAAAAAAAAAAAAAAAAAGAAAAAAAGAAAAAAGGAGACAAGCUUCACAUCCUGGACUGAUAGUUUAGGCAUAUAUAGUGGAGGGGAAAAAAAAAAAAUAAAAAAAAAACAACACACUUUCUAACAACAAGCACUGUAAUCUGUUUAAACUAUCAGCUUAUAAGCAAUCACAAAAACCACUGAACAUGAAUCCAUUUGCACUCCUGUAAACUGUUUUUUGGGGGGAGGGUUAUCUUGCCAUAAGCUGAAGUCCUGCUGCUCACUCUGGCCAAAAAGCCCCUUUCAAAUCACAACCCAAAAACUUCUUUGUGCAAAAAUGAAUGCUUCUCACCCUCCUCUCCCCAAAACCCCGCUUUUUCCUUUUGUAUUGUAAUAUGUACUAUUUCAUAUCUGUAUAGUGGGUAAAGAUGUGGCCAACUGAAAAGAUCUUUUUUUUUUCCUUAAGACGUAUAUUUUUAAAUAAAAAUGUUACAAUUUAUAAACGUUUUGGUCUAAUAUGCUCUUUAGGUACCCAAGGUCUUGCCUGCCUGUAUGCUUGCACUUUUUGCAAAUAUCUUCUAUAACAAAGGACUGUAGAAACUCUACCUUGUAUCAAACGUGCUGAAUACAGAGAUGGCUGAAAGGCUUUUAAGCAUGGUGCACUCAGGGUAUUUGGUCUGG